AGGUCAUGAGUGUUUUGCUGCUGAUUGAGUAUUCCCUGGAGGUGUCCAAUGGGAAGGGCUUCUGCAGAGACCUGGCCAAGGAUUACUACAGGAUCGCCGAUGUUGUCACCAGUUUCCUGCUGAUCAUCAUGUUGUUUGUCAUCAGCUUCAACCUCCUCCUGGGUGUGCUGAAGAAGAGGGAACGUCUCCUGAUCCCCUUCCUGGCCCUGCAAGUCAUUGACUUCCUGCUCAGCCUCCUGACCGUGUUCAGCUCCUACCUGCAGGUCCCAGUGGUCCUUUCUGUGUCCUCCCUGAGCCACACGCAGGGGCACUCCAAGAUCCCUCUCCUGGCUCUGCAGCUGCUGGACUUCUGCCUGAGCAUCCUCACCCUCUGCAGCUCCUACAUGGAGGUGCCCACCUAUCUCAGCCUCAAGCCUGCAGACAGCGGGGGAUUUUUGCCAACCCUGGAGAAGCUGCCAACAGAGGAAUAUGCCAAAGUGAUGAUCACCUUCACCAUCGCCUUCAUCGCCGUCCUCUUCCUCAAGGCCUACAUGUUCAAAUGUGUCCUGAACUGCUUUAAUUAUCUCAAAGCCAGCAAGAGAGAGGAGGUCAAAGUCGACCCACAAGCAGUUGAAAAGGCUGUGCUGCCAUCCUAUGAGGAAGCCUUGGAGGUGCCUUCCAAGGAGUCCCCACCACCUUAUGUGACAAUCUAAGCCCUGCUCUGGGGGGAAAACAACAUCUGUGCUGCUGCUGGUGCCUCCUCCCCCUGCUGUCAGUCAGUCCCACUGAGAAAUCCUUGCUCUGGAGCAGCUCCAGGAUCCCAUUCCAGCCCGCCGUGUGCUCCUGCAGAGUGCUGGGAUUUGGUGCCUUG